AUGGCUGCACCAGAGAAUCCAUUUACCAACCUGGAUGUUUCCUGCAAAUGGACAGGCGAUCCCAUUUCAGAUGUGGAUGUCUCCGUCUCCGUUGAUGUCUGUUGCACGCCAGGCACAAGCCUGGUCGUUCUCGACACACGAUAUCCAGCUAAUUCUCGCGUGAAGGAGUUCUCCCUCGCGCCGAAGCAAGAACUCCUCCAACUGCCGCAGAUAGAGGACGUCGAUUCACCACCUACCUCGACCGUUCACACGCCUACUCCCUCGCCCAACGUAAGUGCCGCAUACCCACACCAACUCACGACCGGUGAGAGCCUCUCCAAUCCGGCCACCACAGUGAAAACCGACUCUCUCCCCGACGCAGAUACGCCCCCGAUCGACUCGGAUUCAGAAAGUGUUCUCGUGCAGGAGAAUCUGCAUCAAGAUGGCUUCCUCGGUUCCAGCGUACUCCCCGACCCGUUCUACUCCGACUUAUCCCUGGAGCCGCGUGGCCCAGCUCAAAUCAAUGCAGGCAGUCUGAAUGGGACGUCGCGCAAGAGAUCCGCGAAGGCCGCCUCAUUGCCCGAUUCAGUAACAGACUCGGAGAGAGGGUACGGUGGUUUCAAAGCUGACAAGAGCUCUUUUGGCUCCACAUCGACAUCGACUCGCUCUGUCAAUCACAGUCGCCAACACAGCAUGAUUCCUCGACCUCGACUCCGGCCGAAGAGUGUGGCUGUUCAACGCCCAAGUUCAGUCGACCCAUCCAAGAUGGGCCUGCCCAGAGAUACAGUUCCAGCCCUCAACGUUGAUUUCCGCGGCCUUGGGAGUAAUAGCGCUCCACCGAACAGUAAGAUCAAAGAGAACACUAUCCCCUCGCACCGGAGACGUGCUCUUGUCCGCCAUUAUCUACGACCCCCCGCCACACCUUCCAAACCCGGCCGCCUAGCCCGAGAAGGAGAUCGAGAUUCGAGCGAUGAUACAGUGACUGAUUCGGCGGAUCUGGAGAAGCUUUCCACGGUUGCAUUUGCUGGUAGCCCAUGUGACUACACCGGAAUAACGGAUGGUUCAGACACCGUCUCAUCGCCCGAGAACAAGAGCGAGGCCGGAAUAGACCCCUUUGUGCAACCAAACACGCCACACAUUUGGGCCGAUGAAAACUAUGCUACGAACGGGUCCGAUAUGCCUCGCCUUGUUUAUACUGAUGGCAGAUUCCACAUAUUCACUCCCCAUGGUACGAAGUCUUCGACAUACACCGUCAAAAUCAAUCUCUCAGUGCCGCUCCAGGAUGGCAAGCCGGGAUGGUGGCAGCUCUUCGUUUCAGGACUUCCACGGCUAGCUCCGGAUGACAAUGGAUAUCUGUAUUUUCAAAUCCCCGAGGAUCAAGGAUUCGAGUUUCGCACAAUACAUUUCAAGCGUCAUAAGGUCAUGCAAGGUUACCUGAUGGCCCAGAUGCUCACCCCUACGAAACUCAUCCUACAUCUCCGGACUUGCGAGCUGAACUUCUAUGGCUAUGUUAGAGAUUUUAAUGUGACCCAAGCGGUUCAGGCAGAGAUCGGCCAGGAGAUUCAUAACGCAGAGCAAUCAAUUCGUCUUGUCAAGUACCACGCCGUGUGCUCUCUUGACAUGGUUCAGCAGGACUUCUGGGCUGAGAGAUGUGGCUUUUGGAUUUACAUUCAUGGUGGACCGGAGGGAGCAUUCCUUUGCGCACUUCCAAGAACUGGGUUUCUUCCACCAUUUUAUACCAUCCAUCUGGAAACGUCUGGCCACGAAGUCGGAGUUACACGACUCGAGAUAUUAGCCAGCCGAGCCACUCUUGACAAGUUCGCUAUCACCUGGGAGAUGAAAGUUCCGCUUUCCAACCACAAGGCAUUGACUUGGAUGCCACGGAUCCGAGCAAAUGACUUGCUCGAAAUGGAGGAUGAGUUACGCGAGGAAUACGUCCAGCAGGGAGCUCGCAAUAUGCUCGAGGUUGUUCGGGCUGACAGAAUACGCGAGCCAGGAAGUGACGUCGAUCCAGUUCCCGCAAAUCCUCAAGAGAAAAUUAAGGACAUUCCUGUCCCUUCAGAAAUCCAGCGAUCCCAGUGGACUUUGAGAAGAGUGAUCCGUUAUUUCAUUAUUUCUACCUUCGUGAUCAUCUGCCUCCGUAUUUACGUGCGCGUGCUGGAUAGUCUUCGUCUUGAAAACCAACUUCCACAAUGUGAAGUGACGAAGCCGGUGGAUGUUAUAUUCCAGCCGGAGCUUCUAGGCGAAGAUGAGGAUGAGCCUAGCCAUGAACAGAACAUUGACCACGAGCUUGAGGUGGAGUCUGAGAAGGCCGGAAACCUCAAAGUGACUGUGGUGCCUCAGGCUGACGGAAAUCCUGAAGAGCGAUUUGUGCCUGUCCCUACUACGCCUUUACGUGACCAGGUGGAUUACUUCUUGGGAUGGCGAGGCCCUAUCGAGCGGUUCUAA